CCCCAUCCUGCCCUCUCCAUUCCCAUUACGAGCUCUGCGGUACCAGCUGCCCCACAACCUGCCGCGGCCUCACCUCCGCCUGUACCUCCACCCCAUGCACCGAGGGUUGUUUCUGCGACCGAGGCUACGUCCUCAGUGGGGACGACUGUGUCCCUGUGUCCGACUGUGGCUGUGAACACCGCGACCGGUACCACAAGAAGGGUGACGUGUUCUUCACCUCGUGCCGUGAGCGGUGUCAAUGUGAAGCCAAUGGGGUGUUGCGGUGCCAAGAGGUGUUCUGCGGUGCCCAUGAGGAGUGUAGGGUGGAGGAUGGGGUGUUGGGGUGUUACCCUACCGGUUACGGGCGGUUGGUGGUGUCCGGUGAUCCCCAUUAUGUGACGUUCGAUGGUAGAGCCUUUGACAUUGUUGGUUCCUGUACCUAUGUCCUGGUGAAGCUCUGUCAACCGGUUAUGGGGUUGGAGGACUUCUCGGUGGUGCUGGAGCAUAAGGUGGUUACCUCCAUCCAUGGCUAUACAGUCAGCAUGGAGAGGGGACGACCAUGGGAGGUCAUGGUGGAUGGAGAGCUCUAUACGUUGCCCAUGCUCACCAAGGACAAGAAGAUAAGGGUUGGCCAAGAGGGCAACAACAUCAUCCUAUACACUACAACCGGCAUCCGGAUCCUAUACAACACAGCCACCUACCUACUGGUCACCAUACCCGAUACCUAUAAGGGCCACGUAUGUGGCUUAGGGGGCAACUACAAUGGGGACCCCACUGAUGACUUCCAGUUACCGGGGGGCUCAUUGGCCCAGAGCCCCGAAGCCUUUGUCACCUAUUGGAAGGUCCAUACUGGUGAUGGGACAUGCGUUGAUGGUUGCACCGCGUGCCCCAUAUGUGCCAAUGCGGAGCCCUAUAUGGGAACCACAUCCUGUGGGAUCAUACGGGAUCCUAUAGGGCCAUUCGGCUCCUGCCACCCAUGGGUCAGCCCCAUAGAUUACUUCAACCAUUGCGUCCAUGAUGUCUGCGUUGCCAAUGGGGAUGAGGAGGUCUUGUGCCAUAGCAUCCAAGCCUAUGUUGCCGCGUGCCAAGCGGCCAAUGCCGAGACAGGCGAAACCAUCACCACCAACAACUGCACCACCCAAUGCACUUGUCACCCAUCCCAUGGCCUGGUGUGUGAGGACACCCAAUGCCCCCAAGACCACAUCUGCUCCAUACACAAUGGGGCUCAGCUCUGUGUCAACCAACGAGGUCAAUGUCACCUCCAACCUGGUGCUUCCUUGACCACCUUUGAUGGCACCAAUGGGAUGCUCCUCACCAGUGGCACCUACAAAGUGGCUGCUCUAUGUGAUGAGCAGUCUCCAAACUGGUUUAAACUGGUGCUGGAGGUCAAUGAGUGUCGGGAGGACCAUGUCCCUGCUGCUGUUGCCAUCUUCAUCUUCUUCCGGGAGGCCUUCAUCACCAUCAAUGCCAACAUGGAGGUGUGGGUCAAUGGUCUUUCCACCCAUGUCCCAUCCAACGUCUCCAAAGCCAUCUCCUUGCAUGCGGUCAAUGGGAACGUGGCCGUAUCCCAUAUAUCCGGUGAUAUUCCAAGAUAUUCCAUGUUUUCCAGCUAUGCCUCCAAGCUGGUGCGGAUGGAAGUGGAAGCCCCUGUCUACCCCAUGCAAGAUAUGGGAUCACGUUGGGAUUGA